AUGUCUUCUACUGAGGAAGCCUCGCAGACUUUAAGGCGUCUGAAAGAUACAUUUAUAGAAAUAUUUGAAAAGAAUGUGCAUGGCUUGUUUGUUGUGCUAGACUCACUCGACCUUCUAUGCUUGGAGGAAUUCUUCAAGCUCUAUGAUGAGGAUUGCCCCUUUAAAAGUGAGAAGAUGAUAGAAAUUAUAAUUCAGAAGGGAGAGUCAGCUUCGAAAAAAUUUCUGGACCACCUGGAGAAAAUGAUUGUUAGUGACUUCCUAAGCAUUGGAUUGGAAAAUCUAGAAGAAAUAGAACUCCACAAUAUUACAGAAAUUCCAUGGCACUUCUUGAGAAACAUCAUGGCUUUAAACAUGUCCUCACGAAACACCCAGCUCAAAAGAGAUCCAACUAGUCAAGAAUUAGAUGAUGAUGGUGACAUUGAUGAUGAUGAUGAUGAUGAUAUAUAUAAUGUACAUACAGUUGAGCAUGAUACCACAAACACUAUCCAUCCAUUGGAUGUCCUGUGUGUCCUCCUGCACUGUUCAGAUAGUUUUCUACAACAGGAGAUUGUAACCAAAAUGUCUAUGUGUCAGUUUGCUGUCCCUCUGCUGCUCCCCCCAGCUAGUGAUGGGUCACACCACACCCUCUUGCUGUGGGCAAUGAGGGGCAUUGUAAAGAAGUGGAGACCCCACUCAUUAUUGGACAGUAAAGGAUUCAGAGAGGAAAAUGUGGUGAAUAUCCCAAUGCCCAAUUUCUCUUUUGUGAGACUGGGGGAAAAUAAAUGAUCCAAAUCUAAAAUUCUGAACCAGAUUCUUAAUCCAGCCCAACAACAGCACAACUUCUUCAUCUCCCAUGAAAUGGAAGGGGGGAACAUUAAGAGGAAAAUAUCUGAUGGACUGGUGGAAAUGUGCUGGUAUUUUCCCUGUGGUAGUUCUGACGUUUUUCAAGAACCCAUCUCAGUGGCCAACCUACGAGGAGACCUGGAGACCAACUGGGACCAGUUCAUGUUUCUGACACGAGUGUCAUCAGCUGUCUUCAUAUUUGUUGAGAGCAUUUGUGAGACACAAUUCAGACUGUUGUCUACCUGUAGCAACACUGACACUGAAUUGUAUUUCCUUAUUACCCCAGGACCUGGCAAAGAGAUUAACCAAGAAACCAAGAACUAUUUAAAACAUCUAAUGAAAACAUUAAAUGUUGGUAAAAAACAAUUCCUAGUCAAAAGUGACAAACUAAAUGAUGCUGCAUUUGUGAAAAUGAUACAACGCAUCCUUGAAAGCUUCAUAGGCAAAGAGACACAACAGCCAUUACAGAAUAUGAAAAAGCAAACACAUGGGCUCCAGAUAGAUGUCGACGAGGACUUUCCUGGAUGUCAAAAAGCAAGAGCAUGCGCAUGUGUUAUUACCUCAGCAAUAGGAGACGUGGAAGGGUAUAAAAAAGAAAUGCUGAAACUGCAAGGGGAUCUGUGGAAACAAUUGUCCAAAGUAGAGAAAGAACUUUGCAGAAUGACAAACCAAGGUGACAAAGAUGCCCAACAAUAUAAAAAUGAACUGGAACAGAAACGUAUAGCACUGCACAAAAAACAAAACGAGCAUGAUUUACCCAAUCCUAUAAUGCUCUUUGUUACUGCAAUCACUCAUUUGUCUCAGGUGGAGAAACAAUAUUUUUUGAAGUGGAUGAAAUUAGAACUGGAUACCAUUGCUAGGAAGAAUCUUACUGCCUUAAAGGUGGAUUACCAAGAGAAAAGCAAGUCAAAAAAUUCAGGGGUACUUAAGCUGGUUGACCAAAAAAUAUCUGACAGUUCUUUAGGGAUUGAACAUUUCAUCCGUGAGUUUGGGCAGUUUUAUGAGGCUGAAUGUUCCAUGCUUCAAGAAGGAAUGAUUUCAGAAGAAAGAGUACAGUUUACAAAACUUCCAGGAAUUGCUGCUGACCUUCUCUUGGAUGGGUUUCCAUUGGAGCUCAUAGAUGGAGAUGCCUCAAACAUCCCCAUGAAGUGGAUAACCGAUGUCUUGACUGAGUUAAGUAACAAGACACGAGGUGAAAGUGACGAGUUAAAAGGUAAAAGUGAUACAAGUAAUAUAAGUAAAAUAAGAGUAAUGACUGUGCUGGGAGUGCAGAGUACAGGGAAGUCCACCCUUCUCAACACCAUGUUUGGCCUGCAGUUUCCAGUGGCCAGUGGACGAUGUACAAGAGGGGCAUUCAUGACUCUCCUAAAAGUGAAAAACAACUUUGAAAGACAGCUAGGCUGUAAAUUCGUUAUGGUGAUUGACACUGAGGGGCUGAAAGCUCCAGAGUUGGCCUCUUUGGAGGAUAGCUAUGAACAUGACAAUGAACUGGCCACACUAGUGGUUGGGCUGAGUGAUAUCACCAUUAUCAAUAUGGCCAUGGAGAACACCACAGAAAUGAAGGAUAUUUUACAGAUUGUGGUCCAUGCUUUUCUUCGGAUGAAGAAAGUAGGAAAGAAACCCAACUGCCAGUUUGUGCACCAGAAUGUCAGUGAUGUGUCUGCUCAUGAAAUGAACAUGAGAGACCGGAAGAAACUUCUAGAACAGUUGGAUGAAAUGACCAGAGUGGCUGCAAAAAUGGAGAGGCAAGAGGGAAUCAAAUCUUUCAGUGAUGUGAUAGACUAUGACUUGGAAAAACACAGCUGGUACAUUCCUGGUCUGUGGCAGGGGGUCCCUCCCAUGGCUCCAGUAAACUCUGGUUACAGUGAAAAUGUUCAAAAGCUAAAGAAGUUUUUAUUUGAAUUCAUGAAAACCCAAAACACACCUUGUACCAUAUAUGAGUUUAUUGAAUGGUUACAAAGCUUGUGGAAAGGUGUAAAACAUGAAAAAUUCAUCUUUAGUUUCAAGAACUGUCUGGUAGCGGAAGCUUAUAAUAAGCUAUCUAUGCAGUUUUCCCUUUGGGAAUGGGAAUUCUCAAAAAAAGUCUACAACUUUGUCACCAGCACUGAAAAUAAUAUAAAAAAUCAGUCAUCUGAGAGUCUGGAUAUGCAAAACCAUGAAAAAAACAAGACAGAACUUCACCAACUGGCAUUUGAGGAGGAAAAUAAAAUGCUGGAUUUGAUAGACAAAUAUUUUGACAGUAAGUCUGGAAAUGUUCAUCUGAUAGAACGUUAUAGGGAAGAUUUCAGAAUGAGUGCAAAGUUCCUAAGGCAAGAACUUGAAAGAAAUGCUCUAAACAAAUUUAGCAAGGCAGUUUCUAUCCAGAAAGGGAAGUUUAAGAUCCAAAUCCAGAAUCAAUAUCAAAAAGUAAUAGAAAAAAAAAUCAGUGGUCUCUUAGAAAGCGAUAGAAAGAAAAAAGCUACGCUAAGUCCUGAUAAAGUACAACAAGAAUUUGAAUCCAUGUGGGAGAAGACAUUGAGAGGUCUGGAGACAAACAAAUUAGAGAGACGCAAUAUUGAUCAUGCAGUUUUACAGCAAUUGAGACAUGACCUGAGCAGUAGAGGAUCCGCCGUACAUGAAAAAUGAAAGGGCAUAAACAGUCUACAAGACCAUGGUCAACAAACUUUUAAAAUGGAUGAGAAGUAUAUUGAUCACACUUGGUGGAAUCGUGUCAAGAACCAACUAGGCCUACACAGUGACACAUUUGAAAGAGUAGAGAACUUUGCUGUCUCUCUAACAGGUAUGUGCGACAAGUAUGUUAAAGAAAAAGUUGAUUCUUCUGAUGAUUACGAUGACACUUACUGCCAAGAAUUACUAUACAAGAUCAAUGAACAGCUUGAAAGUACUACCAAUCUUCACAUUUCAAGAGAUCUGGAGCUAGAUAUCAAACUGAUCACUCUUGGAAAUGCCGCUCAAAAAUUUCAGCAACUGCAUGAUAACUUUACCAAAAAUAAUGACCCAAUACAUUGUCUGGAAUGUUUGAAACCUCAAUACUUGUCAACAUUUCUCAGUAUAUUUCAAGAAAAAGGUGAAACCCAGCACAGAGCCAGGCAAUUCUGUGAACGUUGUCUCAAACCAGCAAUUACCGACUAUGUCUUCAAACAUCUCGGAGAAAAGAUGGUGGAUGACAUCUUAAACAGCUCUGAAAAUAUUAUAUUCAGUAGCAGAAGCUUUUUUCAGUGUAAGAUGCUGGAGCAGUUGUUGGAAGAAAUGUCUUUCCAGAAGUACAAAGAAUAUAUUCGUUCAUAUGAGAAAUUUUCAGAAUCGUGGAUACUAAGUUACAUCUCCAAAAAGUACAAGAGCUCAACCACAUUAAAGGAUUUAUACAAAAGUAUUGUCUCCUCCAUAACGAUGGAAAUCCAAAGUGUACUUAAAGAGAAAGCAUGCACAGAACUGCCUACGAUCUCAUCAUUUUUAGAAAAAGUUUGCGAGAUGUUACAAAGCAAACUGGUAAUAUCACAGAAGGAGAUGAACGUUAUCACAUUCCAUAACACGGUUUCAGUGGAGCAAUUUUCAUCUGACAUUCAACAUUUCCUCACAGAGACAGAAAAACAAAUCUUAACCAAACUGGGAUCUCUGGAUAUUGAGUCUGUCCUUUCCAAAGUGACACUGAAGCCUCAGGAUGAAUUGCUCAGGAAGGUGGUUGGAUGUGGCAAGCAGUGUCCAUUCUGUAAAGUCCCCUGUGAAGCCGGAGGUGGAAAACAUGCUGAUCAUUUCGCAUCUAUCCACAGAUCAACAGGAUUGGGAAAAUAUAGAUGGCACAAAGAUAGAACUUUGUUAACAGACAUCUGUUCCACUCUUGUUGUAUCCAACAACAGUUUUAUGAAUUCAGACACAGAAGGGAACUGGCACCCAUACAAAGAGUACCGUACACAUUAUUCAGACUGGACCAUUCAGCCCGAUCCCAGCGUUGAGUGCUCAGACUACUGGAAAUACAUAUUCCUACAGUUUAAUCAGCAAUUUGCAGAAGAAUAUGAUGCAAAACCAGCCAAGAUUCCAGAAGAAUGGGAGAAAAUCACAGAGGUUCAUGCUCUUAACAGCUUAUUGCAGGUGUUCAACAUGGACUAA